UGUUGACUCAUUUCUUAUGUUGUGUUGUGGUCACUUGACACUCUGGUUAAACAUGAUGCAAACACAAAUCGUUCUGCAUACUGGCCCAUGUACCUUUUCAAUCCUAAGCUUUCCAAAACUUUUUCUACCACUAUUAACGGGAUUUUGUAUCUUAAUUAUGAGUUAAACAUGGUAAAUAAUUGGCCUAAUCAUAGUUAUAACAAAUUUAAAUUCUCAUCAUUACUUAGAUUUUAUAGCAUAUGAAACAAUUCAAGAUAAAAAGAAGCUUUACUGCAUAGAUGGAUUGCCUAGAAUCUACCGAUACAUCAUCAACAGCUUCGAUUCAAUGUUUUAAGCUCCUUGUUAAGAUGGCCACUAUGAUACCCACAAAUCAUUUCAUUGUAGCAUUUGCAUGUAUUUUUACGGCAACUCUGUACUACGUUUUGGAGUUUCAUUUGUGUGAAGUUCUGUUUCAAGGCGGCUCUCUCGUCACUCUAACCUAUAAUCCAGAGUCCCAUGUUUAUAGAAAUGUUGUAUCCAAGUGUAGCAUUCUUCACGGCAGAUACUGUGCAACCCCGUGGCUUUCGAGUCCGCACUUGCAGACUAUGCUUCUGGAGUUUGUGGCUAAGCCUCCUGAAUUUAGCUACAAAAGAGAAAUCUUCCUUUCUUCUGAUGGUGGGACUUUUGCUUUGGAUUGGCUAAUGAGUUCUGAUGUUUUACAUUCUGAAAAUGAGAAUGACAUACUCUGGAAUAAAGGUACAACUCCGACAGUAUUAGUUAUUCCAGGCUUGACAAGCGACUCUACUGCUGCUUAUAUACGACAUCUAGUCCAUACUACAGCUAUACGAGGAUGGAAUGCUGUGGUUUGUAAUCACCGGGGAAUGGCUGGUGUUCCAUUCACAUCAGAUCGUGCUUACAAUUCUGGAUGGACAACAGAUGUGCGUGAUGUUAUAGACCAUCUCCAUCACAAAUACCCGGAGGUUCCAUUAUUUGCUGUGGGGACUAGUAUUGGUGCCAACAUUCUGGUAAAGUAUCUUGGAGAAUACGGGGAAACUGUUCCUCUUGCAGGUGCUGCUGCUAUAUGCUCUCCUUGGGACCUGCUGAUUGGUUCAAGAUAUAUAGCUCGGACACUCAUACAGAACCUUUAUGGCAUUAUUCUUACCAUGGGCCUUAAGAGUUAUGCAAAAUCAAAUCAAACUCACUUCACGCGCCUUGCUGAUUGGGAAGGUAUCAUGAAGUCUCGACAUAUGCCAGAGUUUGACAAAGCUGUGACUUGUGCCAUGGAAAAUUUUGAGACUGCAGAUGCAUUCUACAGGUGGUGUAGUUCUGCUGCUUAUACAAGAGAUGUGGCAGUCCCACUACUAUCUAUAAGUUCUUUGGACGAUCCUGUUUGCACAGUGGAAGCAAUCCCAUGGCACGAAUGCAGAGCAAAUAAAAACAUCGUUUUUGCAACAACAAAGCACGGUGGACAUCUUGGUUUUUUUGAAGGCAUAAGAGCACCUAGCUUAUGGUGGGUGCGUGCAGUGAACGAAUUUCUCAGUGUUCUACAUUCGACCUCUAUGCAGAGACAUAACAAGGUGAUAGUCAUGUCCAGAAGCAAUACUAGGUAAGAUUGAGAUUCCCAGAGAAACCGAAA